AUUUUUCUCAACCAGCCUCUUUUCUCUCUAACCAAACAAACAUUGUUUUUUCUUUCCUUCCUAUUUUCUCCCUUACCAAACAUACGGUAAGUUUAGCCAAAUGGGUCAAAUUGAGGGAUUGUCAUACUAGUCUGCAAAUGUAAAAUUUGUAGAAUGUCAGUAAAGGUGAUUUUUUUUUUAAUGUAAAAAGAAAGAAAGAAAAGCUGUCAAGUAUACGUGAGGCAACACCCAGACAAACGUCAAUUGUCAAGAGAGAGAAGGAAAAACAAUGGAGGUCAUAUCAGGAGAACCCAUAGCUGUAGUAUCAUCAAUACUCGUAUAUCCCAUAAAAUCUUGUCGUGGAAUAUCAGUUCCUCAGUGUUUUCUUACUCCUACUGGAUUUCGUUGGGAUAGGCAAUGGUUAGUUGUGAACAGCAAAGGGAGGGCAUAUACCCAAAGAGUUGAACCAAGUCUUGCUCUGGUUGAGACUGAGUUGCCAAAUGAUGCAUUGUUGGAGGGUUGGAAACCCAAUAAAUGUUCCUAUCUAGUGAUAAAAGCACCUGGCAUGGAUGAGCUGAAGAUUUCCCUGACUGCACCACAAGAAGUAGCUAAUGAUGUCUCUGUCUGGGAAUGGUAUGGCUCUGCAUUGGACGAGGGAGCUGAGGCAUCAAAAUGGUUUUCAAAUUAUCUCGGAAAACCCAGUCGACUUGUUCGUUUUAAUGCCGCUUCAGAAACAAGGCCUGUGGAUCCAAAAUAUGCAGCUGGGCACAAAGUCAUGUUUUCUGACCAGUAUCCAUUUCUGAUACUGUCUCAGGGGUCGAUGGAUUCACUGAAUACGCUUCUCGAAGAACCCAUACCAAUUAACCGAUUUAGACCGAACAUUGUUGUUAAUGGAUGUGAGCCAUUUGCUGAGGAUUUAUGGAGGGAAAUCAGAAUUGACAAUUUCACUUUUGAAGGUGUCAAGCUAUGCUCUCGCUGCAAGGUUCCUUCAAUCAACCAAGAGACUGGCAUUGCAGGACCGGAGCCAAACGAAACCCUUAAACAAACGCGGUCAGAUAAAGUUUUGCGCCCUGACAAGAAACAACAAGGAAAAGUUUACUUUGGGCAGAACAUGGUUUGGAAGAACAAUGCUGCUGAGGAGGGGAAGGCAAAGGUAAUGAAAAUCGGUGAUCCUGUUUAUGCCAUCAAGAAGAUCUCUAACGUGGCUGAAGCUGCAGCUUGAGUUUUGUUGAAGAACAGAUCAUGGUUCUGUAAGGGUUAUCUGCUGUAUCAAAAAUAAUAAAAAGCCUAGAAACAAGCUACUUAUCUACUAAGAAGAAUAAAACAGAGUUUAAGAAGUUAUUGAGGAGCUUACUUCAAACAAAGAGAGAAAUCUAUUCUCUGAUGUAAUCAAGACUUGGCACUAUUUUAUGCAAUCUUAGUUUAUUUUUCA